GGGCCGGGGUGAAAGUGUGCAUCGCCCCCGGGGGCGGAGAGGACGGCGGGGGUAAGGCAGCCGCCUGGCCGCGUUAUACUCCGGGGUGGCGGGGGCGAAGGAGAAGAGAAGGAGGAAAAAGAAGAGCAGCUUAUUCAUGAGAGGAGGGAGGGCGCGCUUUUACGGCGCCGAGCUUGCAGGGCAGGGCAGGUGCGCCCACUUCUCGCUGGUGAUGCAGGAGCCCGGCCCGGCAACGAGGAGGAGCUGCUGCGUCCUGCGCUGGGGAAGCUUUACUCAAAUGCCAAACGUCGUUCCUCUCCUUGCUCAAUUUGUUGCUAAGUUGGGAAGAAGCAAGAGUCCACCAAUUCCUUACUGCUUACAGACUUUGCAGCACUGCUGAUUCUUGGUUACUGUGCAGAUGGCUAGAUUGCAAAUCUGAAAGAGAGGAAAGACUGGAAAACCCAUGGGCCCACCCUAAUGAGGAAGAAUAGCCAAAUCCCUAGAAGCGGUGUGUCUCAGGCUGCCUGUGUUGUUGACAGCCGCAGCUGCCCCAGAUCAGCAGAAGACAACUUCAGGAGAAAGCUGAGCCAGACUUUCAAACCGAGGGAGCCUUAACAGAGCAGUGUCACUCAGAGACCUCAAAGGGCUUGGCAGUUGAGAUAGGAGUGUCCUGGAAAUGCAACCCUGUGCCACCUAUGAGCAGUUAGUGGAUGGUGUCGGGCUAUGGGACUUCACUGGAGGUUUUGUUCCCUGUGAGAUGCUCCUUGUUGGAGAGGACGCCUAUCCUGUGCUCCUGAGCGCUAAGAAGCAGGUCCUGAUUGCGGUGUCGCAGUACGGGAAGGGCCGGAUGGUGGUCGUUUCCCAUGAAGGAAUCCUGAAGAGCCCCAAGUUCUCCCAGUUCCUCAGAAAUGCCGUGGGGUGGCUCAAGCCUUGCCCCGAGGCCCUGGUUGGGGUUCAUCCUCGGUUGGACUCCCUGUGCCCGGUGCUGCUCCAGGCUGGCACCCGAGUGCAGGUGGGGGCAGAGCCCGGCCCGUCCCUGGGGGUGUUCUGUAUGGACGCCUAUGACAGCUCCCGGGCCAAAGGCAUCGUGGACUUCGUCAAAGGGGGUGGAGGGCUGCUUGUUGGAGGCCAAGCCUGGUACUGGGCCAGUCAACACGGCAAGGAGAAGGUGCUGUUCGAAUUCCCUGGGAACCAGGUGACCAGCAUGGCUGGAGUGUACUUCACAGGAAACGUCGUGGAAAAAGGUGUCUUCAAAGUCGCCAAGAAGAUUCCCAAGAUCCCAUUAGUUGUCCCGCACCAGGCCAACCUGAGCCUCGACGCCGAGUUCCUCCUGCGCGGUGUGUCGGAGCUGGAUUUGGUGACGGGGGGCAUACCCUCCACCUUGCUGGUGCACGGAGCCCUCUCCUUCCCGCUGUGCCUGGACAGCUCCCAGCGCUGCCUCUUGGCUGCCGCACGCUACGGCCGCGGCCGCGUGGUGGUGGCCACCCAUGAGAGCCAACUGUCCUCCCCAAAGCUGGCCACAUUCCUGCUCAAUGCUGUCUCCUGGCUGGAUGCUGGGAGGAAGGGGCUGGUGGGGGUGGAUCCCAGCCUGAAGAAGCUGUGUAGCCUGCUGUCUCAGGCAGAGGUGAAGUCGCAGGUGUCGCAGGUGUCGCAGCUGGCAGGUGACAUCAGUGUGUACUGCUGCACUUCUUACAGCGCCGGAGAAGCCGAGAGGAUCCAUGCUUUUGUGGCAGAGGGAGGUGGCCUGCUGGUGGGGGGCCAGGCCUGGUACUGGGCUUCCCAGAACUCUGGCAAAGCCGCCGUGGCAAAUUAUCCUGGCAACAGGAUCCUGAACCGCUUUGGGCUGAGCAUCCUGGGGCAGAGCGGCCAGGCAGCCAAGUACCCGCCCGUGGGGCCUGGGGAGCACUACCACUUCCGCAGGGCGCUCCUGCUCUUCAGCACGCAGCUGCAGGGGCAUCAGGAGCUCACGGAGCCCCUGAAGGGCUGGCUGCACCCCCUGGCACGGGACUGCGCUGCCUUCCUGCACAUCCCAGCCCACGACUGCCCGGCGUACGCCUCGCUCCACCGCAUCCUGACCAAAGUGCUCAAGAGGACCGGGAUCCCGCAGGUCAGCAGGCACUGCCCCGUCAAGAGCAACUCCAAAGAGGUAGUGCUGCUCUGCAUGGCCACCGAGCUGUCCCUCACCAUGACAGACAGCUCAGCCCUGGUGCAGAAAUCUGCUGCUGGGGGCUGUGCCUUCCCUGUCACUGUGGAAAUCGAUGGCACAAACCCAGGAAAGACAGCCUGGAGAAGCACAGGGCUCUACCUCCCCGAAGGUCACACAGCAGUGAUAACGUGCCCUUGCUUGGUGGUCGGUGCUGGUCUGAAGGUGCAGGUUGGGUGUCACACGGAUGACCUCUCUAAAGCCAAGGAGCUGAAACGGGCACCAGUGGUAAUCCGCACCUGUGAUGUUGCCUGCCAGAAACAAUCCAUUUCCUGCCUCUGGGGUGGCCUCAUUUACAUCGUAGUACCAGCAAAGAGUGUCCUGGGCAAAGUGCCCAUCACGGUGGAAGGGGCAGUCAGAGCUCCUUUCUUCAAGCUUGGGGAGACCUGUGAAAGGCAGUGGGAGGCCUGCAUCCGGCACUACCCUGCUCCCUGGGCGGAGCUGGCUGUUGAGAACCUCAUCCUGACGGUGCCUUCUGACAGCAUCCGCCACAUGGAGGACCCGCGGCCGCUGCUGACCCUGUGGGACGAGAUCAUGGUGGCGAUAAGCAGGCUGGCAGCCGUGCCAGCAAAAUUCCCAAGGCCGGAGAGGAUUGUAACAGAUGUCCAGAUUUCAUGUGGCUGGAUGCAUGCUGGCUACCCCAUCAUGGGCCACCUGGAUUCAGUGAAGGAGAUGUUAGACGUGCAGCACAUGCAAACUACUGGUCUUUGGGGUCCCAUCCAUGAGCUGGGACACAAUCAACAGCAGCAGGCGUGGGAAUUUCCCCCUCACACCACAGAGGCCACGUGCAACCUCUGGUCUGUCUAUGUGCAUGAGGAGGUGCUGGGCAUUCCCAGGCAUGAGGCCCAUCAGGCACUCAGGCCACAGUGCCGGAAGGAAAGGAUGAAAGACUAUCUGAAGAAAGGUGCUCAGCUAAAGGACUGGAACAUGUGGACUGCUCUGGAGACAUACCUGCAGCUGCAGGAAGGGUUUGGUUGGGACCCCUUCACCCACCUCUUCUCUGACUACCAGAAAAUGUGCACGAUCCCAAAAGACAACACUUCUAAGAUGAACUUGUGGGCACAGAAGUUUUCUCAGCAGGUGAAUAAGAAUUUGGCUCCAUUCUUUACAGCCUGGGGAUGGCCUAUCAAGAAAGAGCUGUCUGUGGAACUGUCCUCUCUGCCCAGCUGGGAACAGGAUCCAAUGAGAUCCUAUAGACCAUAAAGGAAAACUACCUAAAUCCUGGUUCUUAUACUAGCUAUGGCCUAUCUUAUUCUCCUUGUAUGCUACAUGAUAGCUCACUAUGUGCUUGAAUUUAUGCUGGAUUCUUCAGGUUCUUGCUGCCAGUGGAGGCCAGCCCCAACAGAAUUUCAACAGGGAUCAGCAGAUCAGCAACCACCUAAGCUGUCUUUUGAAGGGUUAAAUAAUCAGUGAGCUUUGUUCCAGGUGCUUCACCUCAGGAAGAAUGUAAUUCUAAGUCGAUUUAGUUGCUACAGAACCUUUCUGUGAUGAAAUGGAAGUUUUCUAGGUGGAGCAGUCGCUGGACCAGUUUCAAGGACUUUACCAUGGGAAUAGAGAUCUUUAAAGCAAAUAGUAACCUCCACAACACUCUAUUUUUACAUUAUAAUCGCAGUAACAUGAGAUUUUCAUAAUUAUUUUUGUUACCCUAAAAUUCCUAAUUUUUAAUUCCUCUUAUUGCGCAGAACUUCACAGCACCUUUUGUGAAAGUGGCCUUACAAUGCUUAUAUACAGGCUAUAUAAUGCAUAGUUGAUACUGAAAUGCUGUAGAUUUCUUUCUACAUUCUCUGACUGUGUGACCCAGCGUCCAUCUUUAUGUGAGUAAGUCAAUUAUAAGUUUCAGCUGUCUUCAGCCAUAGCCUGACAGCAAGAUACAUGCCAAUGAAGAUGAGAGAGUGGAAACAGGGAGGUGAAUUGAUUGUAGUCAGUAAUGGUUUAGCUUGUGGACUCAUCAAAGGUUAAAAUACAGGCAUUGAGCUGGCAGCCUGAGGGAGCAGAGAGAAGGAAGACAACAGUUCAUCAAGACAGAGGGCCAGCCUUUUCCAGAUACAAUAAAAGUUCAUGUUACUCCCAGCUCUUUCAUAAUUGCUCAGCUGUUAAGGGUUUUGGCAAGCAUGUUAAUGCUUAGCCUAAGAGCGCACUAGUCCCAGCCUAUUCCUUAUGUAUCUGUAAUAAAUAAAUAAAAAAAAAAAAAUCACUGUA